AACGAUGAAUGGGAACGAGGCUGAGGGAAAAAAACUGGGAAACACACUAUUUUGGUUUGAAGCGUCCACACACAAGACGCAGGGACGAGUAGCCUGCUCAGCAGUUAAACCGGCUUCCUGAACACUAAACACAGACUCACAUAAGAUGCAAAGUUGCAACAUGGAAGUUGAGGAGCUCUACUCAGACAUCCAGGGGGAAUUCCAGCCUGCUUCUUUGGGUGCAGGUGACAUGGAGGCUGUGGAGGCUCUGAUGUCUAUGACUAGGCACUGGAAGACCAGGAGCUUCCGGCUCAGACACUUCAGACCCUUGACUCCCUCCUCAGACUACUCAGAGGAUGACUCUGUCCCCCUUGGGUCUACUGUGCAACAGGACUCUCCUUUGUGUAUGACACCGCCAUACAGUCCACCCCACUUUGAGGCCACCCAUCCGCCCUCUGCAGCAACCUUACAUCAACCUGCAGCAGCUGGAAGUCCAAGCUGGCAGCCAACAGAAGAGACUCAUCUCCACACACACACUGCUGCUUCUCAGCAACAGUUCCAGUGCACCAGUGUAAUCCGCCACACUUCAGAUGGCCGGCGCUGCUCCUGUAACGUCCAUCCUGUCUACAGGGAAGACCUAUUCACUCAAGUUCACACAAAAGACUCUAAGACAGAUCUGAGCUCUGAAGAUGGGCUGAACGGCAGAGAUUCUGAUGGGAAUAUUGUAAUACAGUAUGACUCUAACGCAGCCACGCCACAGAAACCUUUCACUGUGACUUUGCCAAAUGUGGUUGAAGCCAGCCAGACACAGAUGAGUCUUUUAGGCCCAGAUGAUAAAUCAAACUCGAUUGGUGGCCCUGGGGACUCUCCUCUGCCUGUCUACUGCCAGAUUCUCCCUGUCUCUCCUUCCACCGCUGUUGUGCAAAAACCUGCCACGGCCUCUGAGAGUCAGAAGCAACACCUGCUACUUAUCCCAUCAGCACCCACCACUGUGCGCGCACCACUACAGCAGCAGCACAAACAACAGGCACAACCACAAACCCAAGCAGCUUCUCCUGCCCAGGUCUUCCUCCUAGGGGGUCAGGUGGCAAACGGUCCCGUAAUGCUCUUUGUCCGUCAGCCGGCUGUUCCUACACUCUACAUCCAGCCAGCACUGGUGACCCCUGGUGGCACCAAGUUACCAGCCAUCGCCCCCGCACCGGGUCAUAUCUUAUUGGAUCAAAGUCAAAGCCCACUGCAGCCAGAAGUGUCCCGUGUACGCAGUCACAUUUGUCCCCGUGAGGACUGCAACAAGACCUACUUCAAGAGUUCCCACCUCAAGGCCCACAUGAGGACACAUACAGGGGAGAAGCCCUUCAAAUGCAAGUGGGAGGGUUGUGAGAGGCGAUUUGCACGCUCCGAUGAGCUUUCUCGCCACCGACGUACCCACACGGGAGAGAAAAGGUUUGCCUGCCCCAUGUGCCUCAGCCGCUUCAUGCGUAGCGACCACCUGGCCAAGCACGCCCGGCGACACCUAGCAGCGUGGAAGACGCCCUGCUGGAUGUUACGGGUCCCCCAGUCUGCUGACCUCACUGCUUCCACAACACUCUCUGUGAGGCAUCCUGAUGAGACACCAAAGUAAAAACUGUGAAUCUGAAUGUGAGGCUUUGAGUGGCUGAUACUCAAACAAUACAGAGGAGUGUGCGCCUGAUUUUUACACGUCACCAGUCAGCUCAUAGCAGUUGCACAACACUGCAGAACUGAAAGCUAAAUUAGGUUGCAUGUAGUCUUUGCUGCGUUGCUGUUCCUUAAUGAUUAUAGUUGAACGUGAACAUUUAACUUCAAACUAUCACCUUCAACUUUUUUCAGCAAUUACACUGAAAAUAUCAACUGUAGAUACUAUUCUGCAAGUAAUUUUCAUAACACUUACAAAUGAAUGCUAAAUGUAUGUUUACUUUUCAGUGACCAAAGAAUGUUGAAUAUUGCCAUAUGAGAAUCUAUUUGUUAUAAAACUAUUUUGCACAAUGCUGUUUUCUUGCAGGGAAAAUAGAAUUCUUAAUUAAACUUGAAGACAUGUAA